AUAAUCUAGGUUUUCAAUUGACCAAUGCAUUGAUUCAUUUUUGGACCUGUGAACCUGGCCUUCUGUUCGCCCCCUGGCGUUUGCAAUGAAGAACAACAACAAGCUUAACUCUCAAGUUCCUACGUCAUACAGUUUCACUUUCCAUCCAUGUUUUCAACAACAUGCAAGUGAAGUACGUCCACGUCUUUGGUGCUAAACGAGAGACAUGAGAGGCUUCUAAAAAGGUAAGAUGGCGGAACUGUGCAGGACAGUGAGGGUGAGUGGCCUGCCCACUGAUUUAAAGGAGGACCGGCUGACAGACAAGCUGUACAUCUACUUCCUGAGGGCCAGGAAUGGAGGAGGGGAAAUAGCAUCUGUCACCAUUGUCAAGGCAACACCCGGCUCUGCCCUCAUCACCUUUGAGGACAUUGGAGUGGCAAGGCGCGUGCUUCAACAUGGCCGACACAUUCUGAAGGUGGACGGGAAGAAGUAUGAACUCACCUUGAGUGAACCUCACAAAGACCUGGACCCAAAUAAGGUCAUCUUGAGCAUGUCUGUUACUGUGGACUACAGCCAGCUACCUGGAGGAAAGGCAGCAUUGACCAGCCUUGACAGGAGUCAUGAUGUCCAGAUCCACUAUAACAACCCAGAGCAGCUCUGCACCUUGCAGGGCCUCUACUCCCAGGUCCUGGCUGCACUGGUCCAAAUCCUGGGGCUCCCUGUGGCCCUGGCCUCCACAGACACACCCCCACCUGGGGCCAAUGAUGUUCUGGGAGUCCUUACUAGAGGCACUAGGGGCCAAGCGAAGAGGACUCAUACCCAGGAGGCGACAGACUAUCACAGGAGAGGUGAUGAGCAGAGUGAUCUAGGCUCAGGCCCACAUAGGGACUUUACGUCUGGAGGUCAGGGCUGGGAGGGGGAGGGGACAUCCCAGGCAGAGGUGGGUGCUGUGGGUCUGUGUCUGUCUGAGGAACCCCCCAUGGUGGAAGAGGACCUCUCCCUGAUCAUGGAUGCAGACUUGUUCCAGUACCUGCAGAGGCAGUGUGGAGAGGAGUACCAGGAGAUCCUCACCCAGCAUGGGGUAGAGGUGGUGGACGUGACCGCAGAGGGGGUGACCACCCUGUUCCUACAGAGAGUCCCCGGGGUGGGGGACAUUGGGCAGGAGCUGGAGCGUCUGAGGGGGGCUCGUGGGGACCUGAGCCGGCUCUACCAGGAGAACGAGGCCAGGCUCCGGCGAGCCCAGCUGCCCAAGAGCGUCCUCUCGCCCAGGGGAGGCCUGUCCAGGGCCAUGGAGGUCCUGCGGGUCAGGCUGCCCAAGCUGCUGCUCAGUGAGGAUGAUCGGAACAUCUACAUAGUUGGCAACAGCAGCGAUGUGUCCGAAGCUAAACAGUUCCUCCUCCUGGGGGAGAGAGAGGAGGCGGUGGAGGAUGUAGCCAGCUUGUUACGAUCUCCCUCAUCCACAUCUGGUUCCUCCAAGCCAGGGGAAGAGGAGAGACUCAAACCCACUCUCUCCUCCACAGCAGGAACACCCCUGGAUGCCAGGGUAGAUAAGCUGCUAAAGCAAUAUGAGACGGAGAGGAGGACAGAGGGUGCCCGAGGGUAUAAGUUUGCCCCCCGCUUCAAGGCAUUAGGGCCGGCUGGGCUAGGAACCAGACCUAGGGACACAGUGACGGUAGGGGACACAUCUCCAAGUAUACGACCGGGCCUUGGACCCAUGUUAGGCCAUGACCUGUUUGGCUUAGACAGAGCAGGGUCAGGUGUUGGGGGACUCUCCAGGCCAGGUACACAGAGUAGUGGAGAGGAUAUACUGUUCAAGAGAGGUGAACCCCUGUUCACCCCCUCCUCUAUGGAGAAUGGACUCUUCCUGAGCUCAAUACCAACACACGUUGGGCAGCAGGGUGAGACAGCCCCAUUCACCUCAACUCUGAACACCUUGUCAGGGGGCAGCACCAUCCCCACCACCAUCUCAACAUCCGGGUCAGGAUCCACCCUAAAGCGGGCCAGUAGUUUCUCGGGUCGGGCCAGGUCCAAGGUCCAGGACCCAGGACAGAGUGAGGCUGAGAAGGCUACAACCAGAGCCAGGCGGUCCAAUAGCUUGGACAGGAGAAAUGCCUACAGUGCAGAGUUAACCAUUUCCAUGGUGAUAUGGAAUUACAUGAAGGAGGCCUACGCCACCCGUAUACAGGACAUAACCUCUGACCUGCAUAUGAGGGAGAGCCAAUCAGACAAAAGCAGUGACAUCACUGUUAUCCUUAUGGGGGCGGAGUCAUCUGUGGUGAGCACCUGUCAGUUGGAGAUGCAGAAACUGGUUGCCAUGGUGAAGACAGACUUCUGUUUGCAGGAGUUGCCUCUGGCUGAGUUAGGCGUGUCUGACCCAGCAGAUGAGACGUUAGAGGUGUGCUGUGCUGAGGUCAGGCAACGGUUCAAGAAGGUCUCCAUCCAGACAAUGAGAGAUAGCGUGUUUCUGAUUGGCCCCAAACAGCUGUGCUCUCAAGUGGGGGCAGCACUGAGGGAGGUGUUCCCUGGAGAGACAGGCCAGAGGGGGGGAGAAGAGGACUUCUCUGUCCCCUCUACCUCCACUUUGAAUCAGUCCAGUUCAUUUCAGAUGAAGGGGUUCCAGAACUCCACACAGUUUCAGACCAAUAGCCCUCAGCGGAUGUCUGAGACUCAGAGAGGGGGAGAGGAGGGGCCUGGUGCCAACAGGGAGAAGAAAAACAUCCAGAGGAGUGAUUCUUCCAAGAGGACGAGGAACAGCGAAUCAGAACACAAGAACACAGUUGUUAGCCAAUCACCAGUGAGGAAAGACCCUGUCAUAAAGGAGAAAGUGGAGAGGGGAGGGACCACGGAGGCAGACGGGCGCAAGACUGACACAUUUCUAAGCCAUUCAGCGAUAGGCAACGGAGGAAGCCCGGGAGCGGUGAAUGGCGGCGGUACCAAUCAAGACAUGGUCACGCCCCCAAACGAAAGCAACCUGAGAUCCAGAGUGACCCAGAAGGACAACAACAGACAGUCUAGUGGGGCAGAGAACCAGGAGAGGUCAGGAUCAGGGGGAGCUCUAACACGUCACGGCCCGGGAAGGUCUAGUCUGUCUGGGGCACGGACACAGAUCUGUGUGUGUGGGGAGAGUGGGGCGUCAGUGAAGAGGACAGGGUGUGGGGUGACCCUGUGCCCACAGUGCCUUCUCAAAGUCCACGUCCAAUGUAGGGUUUGCCCCAAGGCUGAGGUGGCAGUUCCACAAGGCGUCCAGGGUAACAUGAGCUACUCUGAGAUGCCCUUCACCCUGCCAGGCCAUGGCAGAGACCCUGUCGUUAAGAUCACCUACUGCAUCCCAGAUGGCAUUCAGGGGAGGGGCCACCCCUCGCCUGGCUCUGCAUUUCGGGGGGGAGUAUUUGAGGCCUACCUUCCCCUAUGUGAGAGGACCAGGAAACUCCUACCGCGGCUGGAGAAAGCCUUCAGGCUAGGCCUCACCUUCACUGUGACGGGCAGGGAGCCAGGGGCCAGGGUCAGCUGGGACAGCAUCCCCCACAAGACCAGCCUGCAGGGGGGCAAGUCUGGGAAUGGUUAUCCAGACUCCACCUAUCUGAGUCGACUGUCUGAGGUACUGAGGGCUCAUGGGAUUGAGGAGGCCCCUGCCAAGUCUCAAGACCAAAACAAAACCUGACAAGGAUAGUCUUAUCCAUGUUUUUAAUCAAGGUGUUUGUUUCUAUCCGGUGUUGUAAGAAUUGAAUCUGUAUGUAUUUUGCACUGUGUCCCUAGACUCCCAAGAAAUGUGGAACGCUUGUGUGAGUCUGUAUAGUAAUAAGCCAACGAGAGAAGUCCUUUUGGUUCUUAAGAGUUUUAUAGUUGUACUGUUGUUCAUGCUUAAUCAGGACCAGUUGAUUUACACAGAUAUUUUAUGGAUGAUAGUGACACAAAAGUGUUUGAGCAACUAUUGUUAUUGGACCAAUAUUAGUCCUGGCAGCUAUUGUUUAUUUGAGCUGUACCGUGUUUUGGAUCUCCAGAGAUUUCUGACAGUGAACAUUCCCGUCUUUAUCUUACUGUAACCGCGUACCGUCCAUAUCUUUUCUGUACUCCCACAGCUGAUAGCAUUCCCAUUCAUUAUGUAAACACACUCAAAACAUGAGCCAUGAAAUAUCAAGGAAUUGCAGUUCCAUAUUGUUUCCUCACAGUAACAUCCUAAUAACACAGUAACAAAGCCACAGCUCCAGGUCGUCUUUUUUUUUUCUUCCCGUUAUGCAUUUUUAUUAGUCCUGGAAAACAUGUAAGGCAUAUGGUAACAUUACACAUUGAAGCAUUACAAGCUCUAGAGCCCAUACUGUGGACAGCAUGGCACCACGUACGCAGUAAAACCCAGUCAAGCACAGAAGCAGCAUCAAUUCAAAGGGUUUAAAAAACAAAGUGGGGACAACUUAAUAGAAGGAAUAGAACACUAUAGACAGAAGGAACGAAAACAACACUAUAGACAGAAGGAACAAAAACAACACUAUAGACAGAAGGAACGAAAACAACACUAUAGACAGAAGGAACGAAAACAACACUAUAGACAGAAAGA